AUGUUGUGGGGGCGAGUUGCCGACUCUCCUCGGUGUGGCCGCAAAACCGUGCUUUUGAUCGGUCUCGGUGGUACAAUGCUAUCAUGCGUCGGGUUCGGCUUCUCAACUUCGUUCUGGGAAGCCCUUCUCUUCAGGUCUCUGGGUGGAAUCACGAACGGGAACAUAGGCGUUCUCAGAACCAUGAUCAGUGAAACCGUCAAGGAGAAGAAAUACCAGUCAAGGGCCUUCCUUCUACUUCCUAUGACUUUCAACAUUGGCAUCAUCAUUGGUCCCAUACUGGGCGGUCUUCUCUCAGACCCUGCGGGGACCUAUCCUGACACGUUUGGCAAAAUCAACUUCUUUACGCACUUCCCGUAUGCUGCUCCAAACAUACUGUCGGCUGUGUUUCUCUUUUUCGCCAUGAUUUCCGUCUGGCUUUUCCUAGAAGAGGCAAGUUUAUCUCAUGCUGAUCAUACGCUGGACUCGCGUGCAAUGGUGCGAGACAGGGGCCUGGAACUGGGGCAGAAGCUUCGGGGAUGCUUUUCUCGCGGUGACAUGGAGGCGUUCUAUGCACCAUUGGCAUCAACAGAUUCAAGUGCCGAACUCGAGCUUAGUCCUGCAGUGGAGGAAAACAAAUCCUCAGGCAAGCCGACGUACGGUGAUGCUGGGAAGCAAAAUCAGGCUCGGAGGCGAUACACCCAGCGGCUCCCCUUCCGACGUAUCUUUACGCGAAACGUCAGCUUCACACUUGUUGCAAACUUCCUCCUUGCCUUUCACGUGGGUACCUUCAACUCGCUGUGGUUCGUCUUCCUUUCCACGCCCGUGUACGACCCAACCAAAACCGCAGCGUCUCCAAAUGCCUUGGUGCGGAAUCUCCCCUUCCUCUUUACCGGGGGCUUAGGUCUACAACCCCGUGAGGUGGGUAUGACCAUGGCUAUUCUCGGUGUCAUUGGGAUCGGCCUUCAGCUCGGACUUUACCCGUGGCUUUCUGCACGGUUGGGUACGGUCAGGAGCUGGCGCUUCUUCCUUCUGUUUUUCCCCUUUACUUACUUCCUAGUGCCAUACCUAAGCUUGGUGCCGAGCUCUUCGCCGCCACCAAGCCCCAAAGACGGCAUUGCAGUCUGGAUGGCCAUCGCCGGAGUGCUCGCCCUUCAGGUCGUUGGACGCACGUUUGCGUUGCCAGCGCAGACCAUUCUAGUCAAUAACUGCACUCCGCAUCCUAGUGUGCUAGGUACGGUACACGGCAUUGGACAGAGCGUUAGCAGUUUUGCCAGGACUUUGGGGCCUAUGCUCUGUGGUUUCUUGUAUGGACUUGGCCUGAAUAUGGGAGUUGUCGGUGCCGUGUGGUGGGGCUUGAGCGGAGUGGCCAUACUCGGAUUCCUGGCCAGCUUAUUCGUAUGGGAGGGUGAUGGGCAUGAGAUCUGGUUAGAGGGUGACGAAGAGGAUGACAUCUAG